AUGACGUCCGCGCUGCUCAGUUCGGCCUUUGUUUUUGGCUAUGGCGGGUUCACAAUGAUGAUGUACGCGGUUAGAGCAAUACUGAAUGGUACUUUUUUCAAGGGAACCACAGAGAAGGAAACUCUGGAAUUGCAGAUGGCUCGCAAUCGGUUUUGGGACCUAUCGAAAAAGUGGUCGGCGUUCUCUCAUCAAAUUCACACUCUACGAAAUGGUUUCAAAUUUCACUACGUCUGCAAUGAACCUAAUGCCGCCACCCGCGCUGCCAAACCCUUGGUUAUCUUCAUCCACGGAUUCCCUGACAGCUGGGCACUAUGGCGUCAUAUGCUAAACGUAGAGUCUCUCCAGGGUACAGCUACUCUGGUUGCCGUUGAUCUACCAGGUUUUGGUGGUUCCGAUAGUCUGGAUCGGUAUUCCGCCACUGCGGUUCUAGAGAACCUUACCGAAUUUAUACUUGCUAUGAGAGCAAAAUAUGGCAUCGAUAGCAAUGGAGCUACCAGCGAGCAAAGAACCGUUAUAGUUGGCCAUGACUGGGGCUGUUUGCUUUCUAUGCGACUGGCUGCCGAAGCCCCUGAACUGGCCAACAGGUUCAUCGUAACUAACGCGCCAAUUGUUCCCCUGGUAUUUUCUAAUAUUCGUCGUCGGCUGGCGUCCUCGUUGAAAAUGCUCAAAUCAUUUUUACGCGCACCAAUCCACGAGCGUUCCCUGUUGGUCAAUGCCAUAAAGUCGCUGGUUCCUGUUGUUCGUCAAGUAUGGAGCUCGGGAUAUGUUGCUGUCUUCCAGCUGCCCCCUGCUCUGGUCAGUUACGUUGGCACUGGAGGAAAUCAAUCGUUUCUGAAAUACGCACAUAAGACGUCCUACGGAAAACAAAAGUUUUCUAUUGUCGACGCCGCAGAGUGCAUGGCUAGUUCGAGUGGCCCAUCGAUCCAUGAAAGCAAGACACAAACAGCCGAUGGCGAGGGAUAUGCCGGAACUGCGAUCACCAGGCGAGCCGCCUCCAAUUUCUUUGAAAUGUGCCGUUACUACCGGGAAGGCACCGCUGUUGCCCGGUGGAAGAAAUCAGUCGAGACCGUAGCUGGCCUGCACGAUAUUGCGCAAGGAACUGGAAUCCAGCGCACUAGCAGUGGAGGUGGGCUAUUCGAUGAGGGGCCGCGAGGAGCCCUCAAAGCCAGAGCUACCGUCGUCUGGGGCCAGAAAGACCAUGCGCUCGUUCGGCAGCUGUGUCUAGACGGCAUCUCGGACUACCUUACCAAAGGCAGCCAGGUCAUUGAGCUUCCAAAUAGUGCGCACUGGACUCCGCUGGAGCGGGAGGGUCAGGUUGCAUUGACCAAGGCGGUUGAGUGGGCUGUGAAAGGUGAACACGAUGACAUUGGAAUGAUCGUUGGGGAUUGUUGUCCGGGAGCAACGGUGACGAUUAGAAAAUGA